CGCACGGGCCCAACCUCGGGGCGCAAAAAAUUGUAGGAGGGAAAAAAACACAACCCGGGUGCAGAGUCGGGACUCACUAGCCGUAACUUAUCUCGACGACGACUCCUUCUCGAAAGCGCCCACGACGGGAGCUGCGCACACCUCCUUCCUCUAUACCUGAAGGGCGAUGGUGUUUGGCUCUGGUGCCGGCAGCUCCCUUUCUUCACCACCGAAUGGGCCAGGCGACCACAACCUCGACCGAGUUUCUGCCCUGCUCGACGAUGGACUUACAUCCCAGACGGGCUUCUGGUCGGACGUCAAUACAGCAGGAAGGAACUCGCACAUUGGCGAUAUGAGUCCUCAACAUGGGGAGCUGGAAAACCGGCCGCCUUACAUUCAUUCCAUGAUUGCCGGAGGUUUGGGCGGAACAAGCGGCGACAUGCUGAUGCACUCGCUGGACACUGUGAAGACGCGACAACAGGGCGAUCCACACAUGCCACCGAGGUACACGUCCCUGGGCUCCUCUUACUACAAGAUCUUGCGGCAAGAAGGCGUUCGAAGGGGCCUGUAUGGCGGCUGGCUCCCGGCACUUCUUGGCUCGUUUCCUGGAACGGUCCUCUUCUUCGGCACAUAUGAGUGCAGCAAACGUCAUAUGCUCGACUACGGCGUCCAGCCCCAUCUAGCGUAUCUUGCAAGCGGCUUCCUCGGAGAUCUCGCUGCGUCAGUUGUCUACGUUCCGUCCGAAGUUCUGAAAACGCGGCUCCAGCUCCAAGGGCGCUACAACAACCCUUUCUUCAACUCGGGAUAUAACUAUCGUGGGACGCUUGAUGCCGCACGAACCAUUGUGAGGCUCGAAGGGUUCCCAGCGCUCUUCUACGGUUACCAGGCGACGCUGUACCGAGACCUUCCGUUUUCUGCGCUCCAGUUCAUGUUCUACGAACAGGGUCAGAGCUGGGCCCGAGCCUGGAAGGACAGCCGAGAUAUCGGAUGGCAGCUGGAACUCGUCACGGGCGCCGCUGCUGGGGGCCUCGCCGGGACCAUGACUUGCCCUCUUGACGUUGUCAAAACCCGCCUCCAAACCCAAUUAAAUCACGAUGCCGGGAGCUUCCAUCAGGAGCCGGUGGCGAGCAAGGGACAGGGCGCAGAUCUGAAGGAUGGCCACACGACACAGGCGACAGCGACGGCGAAGCAAGGCCCUCAGAAACGCCUAAUCUCGACCUCUUCGCCAUCAACAUACACACCACGGCCCGGAGCGGCCAACCUACAGACCUCGUCGGUGUACGAAGGACUGAAGGUGAUAUAUAGAACGGAAGGCUUUGGGGGGUGGUUUAGAGGCGUCGGCCCACGAGCUGUUUGGACGAGCAUUCAGAGUGGUUGCAUGUUGUUCUUGUACCAGACCAUCUUGCGACAGUUGGAGGUGUAUUUACCAAUGGAGAGGCCGGAACUUGGAGCAUGAAUGGAUGCUCAUCUGUAUAAACACUGGGUACGCAUGUAUUAUUGUACUGUACUAAUGGGGGGUCAAGCAUGGCGUUCAGGGCUUAGAUAGACGGGCAUUCAGCAUAGACAUGGAAAUCAGAAGAAACCCCUUCACUUCA